AUGCCUGGUAUUAUGCCUGGUAUUCAUCGUAAUUUACCUAAUGACUGGGAGUUGUUAUAUCUUGGACACUACCAUGAAAAAGUAGAGGAAACCAUAAUUCUUAAAAACAACUUUUCAGCUAAUAAGUUGCACACUGCAGAUGUGGCUACUGAUUUGGAGAUAGCCAGUCUUGUUCUAGCAAAGAAUCUCAAUGCUUAUGCAGUUCAUCCACAGAUUAUAAUCCAAUGGAAAGGUCAAGACGGUUUAUCAAAUACUUACCCUGGUUUCAUAGACA